UCGGCUGAACGUUCAAUUGAGAAUCUGCAGCAUAAUGGUGAUUGCAAAAAAGUGGAUCUAUGUGAAGCCGUUCGAAGGACUGCCCAAGGAUGAGAACUUUAAGCUGGAAGAGGAAACCCUAGCGGACGAGCUAGCUGAAAAUGAGUUCCUGGCAGAAGCCGAAUUUCUCAGCGUCGACCCAUACAUGCGACCGUACAUGGCCAGCUAUCCAGCCGGUUCGGUUAUGAUUGGCGGCCAAGUGGCCAAAGUGACGGCAAGCCGCAACGAUCGAUUCCCGGUCGGUGCGUAUGUGUUCGGGAAUUUUGGCUGGCGCACUCACACCGUCGUCAAUCCGGAUAAGGGCGCAGGCGACAACCGACCGUACGUGUUGCCAUCAUUUGGCAAACACCCGCGGUCAUUGGGCGUCGGCGUGCUGGGAAUGCCAGGCAAUACGGCUUACUUUGGCUUUUUAGAGCUUUGCCAACCGAAGGCAGGCGAAACGGUGGUGGUCAGUGGCGCGGCCGGCGCCGUUGGAAGCAUCGUAGGGCAGAUUGCAAAGCUGAAGGGCUGCACGGUGGUGGGAAUCGCCGGUACGGACGAUAAAUGCGAAUGGUUGCGAAAGCUCGGGUUUGACGCUACAAUCAACUAUCGUACGGUCGGGUCGGAAGGUUUUGCUGCCGCCCUGAAGAAGGUGACACCGAAGGGUGUUGAUUGUUACUUCGACAACGUCGGUGGACACAUCUCGCAGGCGGUUUUGGGCCAGAUGAACCUGUUUGGGCGUAUCUCUGUGUGCGGUACCAUUUCCAAUUACAACGAUGCACGGGUGCAGGUUCCCGAUCCGCAGCGUGAUUUCGUGUUCAAGCAACUGCGUCAGGAGGGCUUCCUUGUGACCCGCUGGACCAAGCGCUGGAUGGAGGGCAUCGAGGCGAACUUGCGCUGGAUUGAGGAGGGAAAGCUGACCUAUCAGGAAACGGUGACGGAAGGAUUCGAGCGGAUGCCGGAAGCGUUUGUAAGCAUGCUUACGGGCGGCAACACCGGUAAGGCGGUGGUAAAAGUUUAACCGAAUCGUAGUGAAUCGAACGAAAGAUGAACGGAUCUCGAGAUGCGAUAAAUAAAGCUCUCCGAACGCU